CCACUAUGUCCCGCAACCUCGUCAUUACCAGCAUAGAAAGCCUCACGGGGUCCCAAAUUGCCAAAACCAUCCUCGCAUCGCGCAGUUUCGCCAAAGGCAUCAAAAAGAUCACAGGCUUAACCCUUUACCCAGAUUCAGAUGCAUGCGCGGAGCUUAAAGAAGAGCAUGGCGUGCAAAUUGUUGAACACAAACCCGGCAAUCUAGAUGCCAUGGUUAGCACACUGCAAGAAACGGGCGCCGACACAAUCUGCCUCCUGCCACCCGGCCACAAGGACGCAUUUAACAUCACAACUGAGCUUAUAACCGCCACGAAGAAGGCCGGUAUCCCUAACGUAUGCUUUAUUUCGUCCGCUGGGUGUGACCUUGCCGAGCGUGAAGCGCAGCCGCUGCUGAGGAGUGUGAUUGAUCUCGAAGCGAUGGUUAUGGAGGCAAAGGGCGAUGCCAGCACGGAGACGGGACAUAGUCCGGUUGUGAUUCGUCGCGGCUUCUACGCAGAACACCUCCUCUUGUACUCGCGACAAGCGCAAGAAGAGGGCAAAUUGCCGCUCCCUAUCGGCACAUCGCACAAAUUCGCACCGAUGGCGUUAUCUGAUGUUGUGGAAGUAGUUGCACACGUGCUAACAGGCCACGGCAAACACGGGUUUUCCGAUAAACAUCGCGGUCAGCUGAUGGUUCUUACGGGGCCCCAGCUUACGGCUGGCGACGAGCUCGCAACAGCCGCAAGCCAGGCGCUCGGCAAGGAAUUGAAAUUCGAAGAUAUAUCAGAGUCUGAAGCCAAGAAGGUCCUCAAGGACGAUGCCGGUAGUUCCGAGGGAGAGAUCGCGUAUCUCCUUGAGUACUACGCACUUGUCCGCGAAGGCAAGACGAACUACAUAUCGACGACUGCAUUCCACGAUGUGACCGGAAAGCAUCCCGUAGAGCCAACGGAGUUCUUUAAGCAGUAUGCCGAGAACUUGCGUCCGAAAGCCAACAAGAAGAGGAAGACUCAGUGA